AUGUUCAUCGAAAGCUUCAAGGUUGAAUCUCCAAACGUGAAGUACACAGACAGUGAGAUCCAUUCAGUGUACGACUACCAAACCACUGAGCUUGUUCAUGAGAACAAAAACGGUGCGUAUCAAUGGACCGUGAAGCCAAAAACCGUGAAAUACGAGUUUAAGACGGACACUCAUGUUCCCAAACUUGGAGUGAUGCUCGUUGGCUGGGGAGGGAACAAUGGUUCUACUCUCACCGCUGGUGUUAUCGCCAAUCGCGAGGGAAUCUCCUGGGCUACGAAGGAGAAAGUGCAACAAGCUAAUUAUUUCGGGUCAUUAACCCAAGCAUCCUCUAUUCGGGUCGGGUCAUUUAAUGGCGAAGAAAUCUAUGCUCCCUUCAAAAGUCUUCUCCCCAUGGUGAAUCCGGAAGAAAUCGUGUUUGGAGGAUGGGACAUAAGCGACAUGAACUUAGCAGACGCAAUGGCACGAGGCAAGGUCCUAGACAUCGACCUCCAAAAGCAGCUGCGUCCGUUCAUGGAGCACAUGGUCCCACUCCCUGGAAUCUACGACCCAGAUUUCAUCGCAGCUAACCAGGGGUCACGUGCCAACCACUUGAUCAAAGGCACUAAGAAACAACAGCUUGAACAAGUCAUCAAGGACAUCAGGGAUUUCAAAGAGAAAAACAAAGUGGACAAGGUGGUCGUACUGUGGACGGCGAACACAGAAAGAUACAGCAAUGUGGUGGUUGGUCUUAACGACACGACGGAGAAUCUCAUGUCAUCUUUGGACAGGAACGAGUCUGAGAUUUCUCCUUCUACGCUUUACGCCAUUGCUUGUGUUCUUGAGAACGUUCCUUUCAUCAAUGGAAGCCCACAAAACACUUUUGUCCCUGGGCUUAUGGAAUUGGCAAUCACUAGAAACAGCUUGAUCGGUGGUGAUGACUUCAAGAGUGGUCAGACCAAGAUGAAGUCUGUCCUCGUCGAUUUCCUUGUCGGCGCUGGAAUCAAACCAACGUCCAUUGUGAGCUACAACCACCUUGGGAACAACGACGGCAUGAAUUUGUCGGCACCUCAAACAUUCCGGUCAAAGGAGAUAUCUAAGAGCAAUGUCGUCGACGAUAUGGUUGCUAGCAACGGCAUUUUAUACGAGUCCGGUGAACAUCCUGACCAUGUUGUCGUCAUUAAGUAUGUGCCGUAUGUAGGAGACAGCAAGAGAGCAAUGGACGAGUACACAUCAGAGAUCUUCAUGGGUGGGAAGAACACGAUUGUGAUGCACAACACUUGUGAAGACUCUCUCUUGGCUGCUCCUAUUAUUUUGGACCUUGUUCUUCUCGCCGAGCUCACUACUCGGAUCCAGUUCAUGUCCGAGGAUGAGGGAAAGUUCCAUUCUUUCCAUCCGGUGGCUACUCUCCUGAGUUACCUCUCCAAGGCACCAUUGGUUCCACCCGGCACGCCUGUUGUGAACGCUUUGUCCAAACAGCGUGCAAUGCUUGAGAACAUACUCAGAGCUUGUGUUGGACUUGCUCCUGAGAACAACAUGAUUCUCGAGUACAAGUGA